AUGCGAUCAUAUCACGUGAUCCACUCGACAUUGAUUGUUUUUUUUUUGUUUUCUGUUCGCUCUUUUCUUUUCUUUCUUUUUAUCUCCUUUCUUUCUUUUUUAUUUUGCGCUGCUGACAUUUUUGUCUUCAUUCUUCUUUUUUAUUUUGUUUGUUUCUUUUUAUACGUUUUUGCUUCUAUUUUCCUUGUCUUUCUUUUUAUGCCGAUCUUUCUUUUUUCUUCUUUUUCUUCUUUUUCUUCUUUUUUCUUCUUUUUUCUUCUUUUUUCUUUUCUUCUUUUUUCUUCUUUUUUCUUUUCUUUUUCUUCUCUUUUCUUCUUUUUCUUCUCUUUUCUUCUUUUUCUUCUCUUUUCUUCUUUUUCUUCUCUUUUCUUUUUCUUUUUUUUUUUUUUCUUUUUUUUUUUUUUUUCUUCUUUUUCUUCUUUUUCUUCUCUUUUCUUCUUUUUCUUUUUUCUUCUUUUUCUUUUCUUUUCUUUUUUUUUUUCUUCUCUUUUCUUCUUUUUCUUCGCUUUUCUUCUUUUUCUUCGCUUUUCUUCUUUUUCUUCGCUUUUCUUCUUUUUCUUCGCUUUUCUUCUUUUCUUCUUUUUCUUCUCUUUUCUUCUCUUUUCUUUUUCUUUUCUUUUUUCUUUUCUUCUUUUUUCUUUUCCUUUUCUUUUUUCUUUUUUCUUUUUUCUUAUUUUUCUUUUUCUUCCUCUUUUUUUCUUUUUUCUUCCUUUCUUUUUCUUCUUUUUUCUUUUUAUUUUCCUUCUUUAUCGCUACAUAUUAAUUGAAUUUAAGACUUAUUCUAUCAUUACGAGGAAAAUAACUGAAAGUCAUAAGCAAGCUCUUAUUCUAUCUAUCUAUCUUCACAUUAUCUAUCUAUACAUUAUCUAUCUAUCUAUAUCUAUCUUCACAUCUAUCUAUAUAUCUAUCUUCCUUCAAAUCUAUCUAUCUAUCUUCCUUCAAAUCUAUCUAUCUAUCUUCCUUCAAAUCUAUCUAUCUAUCUUCCUUCACAUCUAUCUAUCUAUCUUCCUUCACAUCUAUCUAUCUAUCUUCACAUCUAUCUAUCUAUCUUCACAUCUAUCUAUCUAUCUUCACAUCUAUCUAUCUAUCUUCACAUCUAUCUAUCUAUCUUCACAUCUAUCUAUCUAUCUUCACAUCUAUCUAUCUUCACAUCUAUCUAUCUAUCUAACAUCUAUCUAUCUAUCUUCAUCUAUCUAUCUAUCUGUCAUAUCUAUCUAUAUAUCUUCUAUCUAUCUAUCUAUCUUCACAUCUAUCUAUCUCAUCUAUUAUCUUCACAUCUAUCUAUUUAUCUAUCUAUCUAUCUAUCUAUCAUCUUAUCUAUCUAUCUAUCUAUCUAUCUAUCUAUCUAUCUUCACAUCUAUCUAUCUAUCUAUCUUCACAUCUAUCUAUCUAUCUAUCUAUCUUCACAUCUAUCUAUCUAUCUAUCUAUCUUCACAUCUAUCUAUCUAUCUAUCUUCACAUCUAUCUAUCUAUCUAUCUUCACAUCUAUCUAUCUAUCUAUCUUCACAUCUAUCUAUCUAUCUAUCUUCACAUCUAUCUAUCUAUCUAUCUUCACAUCUAUCUAUCUAUCUAUCUUCACAUCUAUCUAUCUAUCUAUCUUUAUCUAUCUAUCUAUCUAUCUUUUCUAUCUAUCUAUCUUCAUCAUCUAUCUAUAUCUAUCUAUAUAUCUAUCUAUCUAUCUAUCUAUCUAUCUAUAUCUAUCUAUCUUUUCUAUCUAUCUAUCUAUCUAUCUUCUUAUCUAUCUAUCUAUCUAUAUAUCUAUCUAAAAUAUCUAUCUAUCUAUCUAUCUAUCUUUCAUAUUUAUCUAUCUAA